CGGUAACCGAAAGCAAGUGAGACAAGUGGUUGGAAUAGGCAACGUGGAUAGCUCAAGUUUUAUUUGAGAUAUCCUUAAUUCUUUUAUAAACCAGGUGUUUUUUUUUUACAGAACGGCGGGAUGCUGUCCUUUCUUACCUCUUUAAUUCCGUCACUACCGAGUUGGUUACUAUUUGAAAUAAGUCCUGUCGAUAGUUUUCUGCAAGGAAUUGUUGGUGCAUGCGGGAUCUCAGUGCUUUGCAGUCUAUUGAGAAUUCACGUAUUCAUUGAGACAGACAGGAUUGAAAAUGAUAAAGAUGAUGAAAGGAAAUCCAAACAAAGGACUAACCACAGAAUAUGGCCUGAAGCAUUCCAGUUUUGGUUCCUCACCGGGAUCCUGGCUGUUGUGGGGUCACGAGUUGCAUCACUGGUUGUUCUUGAAUUCUCACUUAGAGCAAUUUCAGCACGAGUCACCUCUGGACCAAAUUCCAACAAGUGUUACACGGAGAAGUUACUUGUUCAGUGUCAGUUCUCUAUGGGCUGUGCACUAAGCUGCAGUCUUCAUUUCCUCCACAAGGAGGCCCCCCAUCGCUGGUUGAGUCUUCUGCUUGCCUCUGCACUGAGUUGGUUCCUGGCCAGUCAGUGUUCCCGGCUACAUCAACAUGUGAAGGCACUAUUCCAUUUGCACAGCUCACAGCGCUACUGUGGCAUCUGUAUUGGACUCUUAACCUCAGGAUGCUCCAUCCUACCCUAUUUGUGCUGUCUUCUUAUUCUAACUUUCGCUGUGGCUGGAAUCGCUGCUUUAACUUCCAUCAAUCAGCAGUUUUUAUCAGUCACAGAGGCUCUUCGAUUCUGGACACCGUUAACAAUCUGCUAUACACUGCUUGUGGUAUAUAUGCAAGAAGAUCAGCAACGGCAGCCCAGUAGUCAAACAGCUCUUCAAACAGUGGUGGUCCGACUCGGAGGCCUUAUGGUACUGAUGCUGACAGUAGGGCAAUGGGCAGAUAUGUUCCAUGUCCUUGUGUGCUUCCUGGGAGAAGCAGCUUGUCUAAUUCCUACUGGAGACUUAUUGAAUGCCAAAGAAAAUGGUACACCAGAAGUUCACAGAAACGAAGCACAGAGAAGAGACCACAGGAGGCAUUUAAAAGACAACAAACAUGAGUAAUGGGGAACAUUCACAUAGCGGACUGCUGUUGAGUGCCUGUUUUUUCUCAUUUCUUGUCAUCACUCAUAUUUUUGUUAUCAUAUUUAUAUUUACAUAAUGACCAGAUAGUGAAGAAGAUUGGAAAUUAAGGGUAAAAACUAUGUAAUUGGCAGUAGUCUGUAAGUCAACAAAAGGCAGUUGACAUGUGUUGCAAUGUUUCAGACACAAAAGCCACUGAUAAUUGAAAUCAUUUUUUACAUUUUCAAUAAAGUUCAUGAAAAUAGAUGUCAUGAUACCCACUUUCACUUUGAUGUAGGCUAUGACUUGAAUGUAUAGUAGGCCUAUCACAUUUUACAGGAGGGUCGAGCUUUGUUGGAAUAAAUAAAUGUAACACUCA